ACUUCACCUUACCUGUAAUGUUUACACGUUUGGACGGGAAACUGGGAAACGAGGCGUAGAAUUGUGUUUCUCAAUGGAAACGAUUUGUUUGCUUCCGAUCUUGGUCUAACAGUAUCAUGAUAUAUCUUUCACCUGUAGUCAUGUGACCCCUGGGUAUGAAUCGUAGUUAUGGGUGCCAUCCCUAAUGACAUCCACCAAGCCAUUGAAAUACUCAAGACCGAUCCCGACAGGGCACAUUGGUCGCACAGAAGGUGCAUCUGUCUCACCAAAACCAGCAACGGAAAACUUGGCAUCAAGGUCGACAUUAUUGAGGGAAAUAAAGAGACAUUUUCAAUUGUGACCAAGGUAAAGCCUGAAUGCUGUCUCGGUCGAGGUGAUGUCCUGCAUUUGCUUGACCGUAUCCUGUUUAUAAAUCGACAGGACGUGAGAUUACUCGCCCCAAAUCAGCUGUGGAAAUUCUUAUCGAGCCUGUCCACCCCAGUCAUAGAGGUCCUCGUCUGCUCCCUAGUCAGCAUCAGCAGCAAACGCAGUCGGGACCAGGUGUCCAACAGCAGUUGUCGGUCCUUUACAGGUAUGCGUAAGGGUCCUGAUAACAAACGACGCCCUGUCGAGUCAGAACCUCUCCUGCAGGGACAGGAGGGGCAACAGUCACCAGAGAUUCGACCAUUCCUGGAUAGCAACGGUCUCCGGUCCGGUUCAUGUGAUGAAAAUUGGACGACAUCCCUGCCUACUGUGGACAGCAGGACGCAAGCUAUUACCGAUAUCAACGGCCGCACGUGCAGUUCUCUUCCUGCGACCAUGAGUAGCCAACUAUUGGUGAAACCCAGUACCAACACAAAUGACCUGUUGCGGUUCCCACACUUCAUUCACUGGGACCCAAUCACGAAGACAGUGUCCCUUACACGGGGAGCUAGAGGCUCAUUUGGUUUCAAAUUCAAGGUCAAGAUGUCAAAGAAUGCUGACGACCUGUACACACUUGUGGAGUGUAUCACACCUGAGGGGCCAGCAGACGGUAAACUCAUGGUCGGUGACUGGAUCCGCUCCGUCAAUGGUCAGCCCCUCCAGAGUCCUCGGGAGGCUAGCAGCAUACCAGAGCUUUUGGCUAAGGAGACAACAGUACGGAUAGUCCUGCAGCGCCCUGAAGGUCUGUCACAGAACAUCUUCCCACCUACGCCAUCCUUGCCAGACCCCGAUGUGCAUUAUCCAUCAGUCCCUGGUAAUCCUCUGGCCUCUGAACAACCCAAGAUGCCUGCAUAUCAACGGCUUCCAACCCACAACUCAGGAAAGGGACGGCCUGUCUCGUGUGACACUGUCCAGCGAGGUGGUAAAAGCUACCGUGUCACCCCUCUGCCCGAGAGCAGCGAUCCUCAGGACCCACAGGAUAUCAGUGUCGACCUGUUCGAGUUGAACAGGACUGUGAACCUACCAAAAGUGCGCGUGUUUCUGUGUGGUAGUGAGGCUCGGGCCUUGGCUCGCCUGCUUCUGCCAGGCGUGUUAUCUUCUCAGUCGGACAAUAGUAGCGGCUUGUACCAGUGUAUCAAGUGCACCAUGGGAAUGGACCGGGAAGGUGCCAUCAGUUUCACUUCCUGGUCCUCGUUUGAUUAUCUCGUCAACGACGAAUCAUCGUCAAGGUUACACGCUAGCAAUGAAUCUUUAACAAAAAGCGACAUAUUCAGAGACCGUGACGAGACUAGCUCGUUCAUACAUAACGGUUCCAUUAAUGUGGAACUCUUCAUUAUGCCCGAUGAUCGGUUUACGCCUGAGGACAAAUUUUUCCAUCAUUGUUGCCAGUAUUUAUUCACACGGACAAGUAUAUUUGUGUUGACAUUCGACGGGGCAAAAGUUGUGACAUCCACACAUACAGAGAUUCAGCGUCUCCAGAAUGUGAUUCAUACGAUCCGAUGUUUCGAUGGCUAUGAGUGCCCGAUUCUGACGUAUGGCUUGUUGUACAAUGAUGCCACUGUAGGUGUAGAUGAAGUACGCACACUCUUCUAUCUGCCAUUCGGACAACAGAUACAAAAAUACAACGUCCCAAUGCCAGAACUUUUCUGCCCGGGGGUCGAUGGCACAGAGGCCAAAGAUGUAAGCCGUCGUCUCCAAAGGGGACUCUGGAAGGUUCUAGGUGAAAUGACACUAAAGCAGAAGAUAUCGCUGCCGUCUGUGGCGAUGAUGCUUCAGUUUGAGGCAGUGAGAAGCGGGGAGCAGAAGCUGUUUAUUGAUGAGGUGGAAUUCUCAGGGAUGUACCAGGACGAAGUCCCUGGAGGGGGCCAGGACCUUCAGCAGAUCGUCUGGACCGACCUAAAAAAUGUUGGCGAAAUUCUGUCCUCAAAAGCCGCACCUUUGACAUUGCCACAUGUUCAGCACCUUGACAAGUUUUUGUUCAUCGACCCAAAAGUUCUAUUGGACUGUGUACAGAAUGUCAAUGUGUUUCUACAACAGCUCAAGGGAGUACAGUCCCUAGAGGGUGCCCGUCAGAAGGGAGUGCGGGGCCUCAGUACUGGUGUCAUCACAGAGGAAGAUCUCAUAGAUAUCAUUUCUCAGCAGUGUCACAACAACUCUGUAGAAAAAAUCAUCCAUUUACUAGAAAUAUUCGGACUUAUUUUCCGUCAGAAAUCCCCUUGCACCGAUUCAGGAGGCAUGAAUUAUUUAGUACCGUAUUUGAUCACUGAUCAAAGUACACUAGCGCCCCCUACCACAGAGCCGACAGAACUGUGCCUGUAUGUAGAUUUCCGCACACACACCUCGAGCCUAGUGUUUUACCAGCUAGCCUUCGCCAUCAACAACAGUAGUGACAGUCACAGCCUUACGAUGAUAGGACCAGCUUCCUGUUGUCUCUCCCACCUGGGCUACGACCUCACCCUUCAUCAUCACAAGCUUCGUGAUCGGAUACAGAUCAACCUUGCUAGGUCAGAAGCAGCCGCUAAGCCGUAUGUGUUGUACCAGUGGCUGCACAAGGUGUGUAAGGCUACCCUGGGGUCGGAGGUCAAGUACGUCUUAGGUCCAUCAUGUCCGCUUCAGGAAAGGUGUUUUUUCAUCAGCCAACACCACUCAGACAUGCAUGUGCUCGACCUUAGUAAACGACAAAUAUGCUGCAGCGAGAAGCUCGAAAAUCAUCGCAAAGUCAAGUUAUGGCUCUCAAAUAUGAUUGGGAAGUAUGUGAAUGAAUUGCCGCAUACCAUUCUGAGGAUGAUUAGCCAGAAGCUACACCUAAAUACUACGUUUGGUAAUGACUGGAAGCUCCUUGGAGGAUUAUUGGGCCUGACCGGUGAUAAGAUUGCUCUUUAUGACACGCACAAAGAGCCUGCUUACCAGCUUCUGAUGGACCAAGGUCGAAGUCACCGCCUCACUCUGGCCCUGCUUCUGGAACUUCUUCAGCACCCAGACAUGGAGCGUCGCGAUAUCACUAGUGGGAUCGAAGACUGGCUUGAUAGUAGCCCACAGACACCCUGAGAUGUUAACCUUGUGUUGUGUUAAACAGACACCCUGAGAUGUUAACCUGGAGUUGUGUUACACAGACACCCUGAGAUGUUAACCUGGUGUUAUGUUACACUGACACCCCGAGAUGUUAACCUGGUGUUAUGUUACACUGACACCCCGACAUGUUAACCUGGUGUUGUGUUACACAGACACCCUGACAUGUUAACCUGGUGUUGUGUUACACAGACACCCCGAGAUGUUAACCUGGUGUUGUGAUACACUGACACCCUGACAUGUUAACCUGGUGUUGUGUUACACAGACACUGACAUGUUAACCUGGUGGUGUGUUACACUGACACCCUGAGAUGUUAACCUGGUGUUGUGUUACACAGACACCCUGAGAUGUUAACCUGGUGUUGUGUUACACAGACACUGACAUGUUAACCUGGUGUUGUGAUACACAGACACCCUGAGAUGUUAACCUGGUGGUGUGUUACACAGACAUCCUGAGAUGUUAACCUGGUGUUGUGUUACACUGACACCCUGACAUGUUAACCUGGUGUUGUGAUACACAGACACCCUGAGAUGUUAACCUGGUGUUGUGUUACACUGACACCCUGAGAUGUUAACCUGGUGGUGUGUUACACAGACACCCUGACAUGUUAACCUGGUGGUGUGUUACACAGACACCCCGAGAUGUUAACCUUGAGUUGUGUUACACAGACACCCUGAGAUGUUAACCUGGUGUUGUGUUACACAGACACCCUGAGAUGUUAACCUGGUGUUGUGUUACACUGACACGCUGACAUGUUAACCUGGUGUUGUGUUACACUGACACCCUGAGAUGUUAACCUGGUGUUGUGUUACACAGACACACUGACAUGUUAACCUGGUGUUGUGAUACACUGACACCCUGACAUGUUAACCUGGUGUUGUGAUACACAGACACCCUGAGAUGUUAACCUGGUGGUGUGUUACACAGACACCCUGAUAUGUUAACCUGGAGUUGUGUUACACAGACACACUGAGAUGUUAACCUGGUGUUGUGAUACACUGACACCCUGAGAUGUUAAACUGGUGUUGUGUUACACAGACACCCUGACAUGUUAACCUGGUGUUGUGUUACACUGACACCCUGACAUGUUAACCUGGUGUUGUGAUACACUGACACCCUGAGAUGUUAUCCUGGAGUUGUGAUACACUGACACCCUGACAUGUUAACCUGGUGUUGUGAUACACUGACACCCUGAGAUGUUAAACUGGUGUUGUGUUACACAGACACCCUGACAUGUUAACCUGGAGUUGUGUUACACAGACACCCUGAGAUGUUAACCUGGUGUUGUGUUACACAGACACCCUGAGAUGUUAACCUGGUGUUGUGUUACACAGACACUGACAUGUUAACCUGGUGUUGUGAUACACAGACACCCCGAGAUGUUAACCUGGUGGUGUGUUACACAGACACCCUGAUAUGUUAACCUGGAGUUGUGUUACACAGACACACUGAGAUGUUAACCUGGUGUUGUGAUACACUGACACCCUGAGAUGUUAAACUGGUGUUGUGUUACACAGACACCCUGACAUGUUAACCUGGUGUUGUGUUACACUGACACCCUGACAUGUUAACCUGGUGUUGUGAUACACUGACACCCUGAGAUGUUAUCCUGGAGUUGUGAUACACUGACACCCUGACAUGUUAACCUGGUGUUGUGAUACACUGACACCCUGAGAUGUUAAACUGGUGUUGUGUUACACAGACACCCUGACAUGUUAACCUGGAGUUGUGUUACACAGACACCCUGAGAUGUUAACCUGGUGUUGUGUUACACAGACACCCUGAGAUGUUAACCUGGUGUUGUGAUACACAGACACCCUGACAUGUUAACCUGGUGGUGUGUUACACUGACACCCUGAGAUGUUAACCUGGGGUUGUGUUACACAGACACCCUGAGAUGUUAACCUGGUGUUGUGUUACACUGACACCCUGACAUGUUAACCUGGUGUUGUGUUACACAGACACACUGAGAUGUUAACCUGGUGUUGUGUUACACUGACACCCUGAGAUGUUAACCUGGUGUUGUGUUACACAGACACCCUGACAUGUUAACCUGGUGUUGUGUUACACAGACACCCUGACAUGUUAACCUGGGGUUGUGUUACACAGACACCCUGAGAUGUUAACCUGGUGUUGUGUUACACUGACACCCUGAGAUGUUAACCUGGUGUUGUGUUACACAGACACACUGAGAUGUUAACCUGGUGGUGUGAUACACAGACACACUGACAUGUUAACCUGGUGUUGUGUUACACAGACACCCUGAGAUGUUAACCUGGUGGUGUGUUACACUGACACCCUGACAUGUUAACCUGGUGUUGUGAUACACAGACACCCUGAGAUGUUAACCUGGUGUUGUGAUACACAGACAACCUGAGAUGUUAAUGUUGAGAUGUUAAUCUGUGGCUCUGGUACAGUAUUCUGACUAUUAGUAAACAUUUGGGCUGGAAUUCCCAGAUUUAAAUGGAAAUUUUACCUCAGUUAUGUUCUUGUCAGGUAAUUAAUAUAUAAGAGGGGAAUACUGAUUCCUUAGAACUAGAACUCUGACAGCCAAAAUGGCCAACAUAUUGAAUUCCAGAUAACCAAGUCCUAAAUCCUAAUGGACACCCUAUUUCCUCUACACUCUCUGGUGUCCAUGUCAAAGUUGGUUAUUUUUUUCUUUUGCUGAAUUAUAUUAAUUAAUAUAUAUUAGGUACAUCAUGUAUAUCUAUAUGUAUUUCUUUUUAUUUUAUUUAAGUAUUUGGACAUAGAUGAUAGAUAAUUCAAGGUAUAGAAAGAAGCAAGAAUAGAAUUUAAAAAAAAAAAAAAGAAUUUCAAGUAUUUUUUUCAUGUAUAACAUUCAACAUUUUUAUCAGGAUGGACAUUUCAGGUGAAAUUCAAAACAAAAAACCAAUAUAACAGGUUUUUUUUGCUUUAACUUAAAAAAGAAGACACCCCAGUCGUUGUUGUUACGUUUUGUCUUCACCAUGUUCAUAAUGUGGGACCACUUUAGAAUUAUUCCAGUAAGUAAAAUUGCCUCCACAUAUCAUUGGCACUAUAUAUAUACUCAUCAGAGUCUCUGGGACUGGCAAAAGGGGAACACUAACAUUAUCAUAAUUAUGUUGACUUCACGUGUACUUGUCAGUAAAUGAAAUAUACAGGGAAGUUCAUUGUAUGAUAAAUGUAGAUAUUUCUUGAUUUAGUUCUCAUUUUUUUCUUUUUUUUAAUGUUUGUUUUUUAAGCAGAGAGCUUUGUGGAUGCAUUUGUGUUUUCUGUAUUGUUCAGCAAAAUUUUUUGUGAUGUCAUUUUCAUCACUGUGCUACUUAAAGAUUCAUACCAUUGAGUAUGUGUUAAAUUUUGAUUGCACCACAAUCUGUACUAUUAUGUUAACAGUAUUCUAUACCUCACAAUCAUACACAGAUUUACUUAUUAUUCUGUAUAAAUGUGACAUUUCAUUAUUAUUAUUCCCUCCUGAAUGAAGUUCGGUGAUCUGAUAUCAGUAUUGAUAAAGGUCAGGUCAGCAUGAUAGUUAGAUCUAUGCAUGUUAAUCUGUGUUGUCAUGGUAACCUGUGUCAUAUUAGCAGUCUGUGUUGUCACAGCAACCUGUGAUGUCAUUGCAGCCUGUGAUGUCAUGACAACAUGUGUUGUCGUAUCAAUCUAUGAUGUCACAACAGCCUGUGAUGUCAUGGCAGCCUGUGGUGUCACAACAACCGGUGAUGUCAUGGCAACCUGUGCUGUCAUAUCAACCUAUGCUGUUGAUGCAGCCUGUGUUGUCAUGGCAACCAGGGUUUCCAAGGCAGCCAGUAUGUUGCCAUGGCAGCAUGUGUUGUUGAUGCAGUCAUUGUAUUGUCAUAGCAACCAAUGUGUUGUUACAGCAACCUAUGUUAUCCAGGCAGCUGAGCUGUCAAGAUAUUGUGAUACAUCACUUAAAAGAGGUAAAUAGCUUUAUGUUAUAAAUCUUUUAUGUAAUUCAAAAUGGCGAAAAUGCUAUGUAUAACAGUAUUUAGAUAUUGUGUGAUAGUAAUAUGUGCUAACUCUAUCUACUAAUAUUAUUUUGUAUGUUAAAUACUUAUAUCAAAGCAUUAAGUUGCAAUAAAAUUGUAAAUAUCAUAUAAUGAUAUACCCACAAGUUUAUUUUGUUUAAAGUUUGUACAGUAAGUUAGAUAUGUACAUGUGCUAUUAUAUGUUUUUGAUUUAGUCUUGGUCUGGUAUUAUAGAAAUAUUGAUAUAUAAUAUAUAUAUAAUAGCUUUCCACAAUAUAUAUAUAAUAGAAUUAUAAUAUCCUUCCAUGCCUGGUUUAUAGACGUGAUAGUAUUAUGAAUGGUGUAUUAAGUUUGUUCACAUGACUGUUACAGUGUCUUUAGAUCCUACAUGAUCACCUAUCAUAGAGGUCACAUGACCUCUCUGAUACAGUCAUGUGAUGUAGAGGUCACAUGACCUCUCUGAUACAGUCAUGUAAUGUAGAGGUCACAUGACCUCUCUGAUACAGUCAUGUAAUGUAGAGGUCACACAACCUCUCUAAUACAGUCAUGUAAUGUAGAGGUCACACAACCUCUCUGAUACAGUCAUGUAAUGUAGAGGUCACACAACCUCUCUAAUACAGUCAUGUAAUGUAGAGGUCACAUAACCUCUCUGAUACAGUCAUGUAAUGUAGAGGUCACAUAACCUCUCUAAUACAGUCAUGUAAUGUAGAGGUCACAUAACCCCUCUAAUACAGUCAUGUAAUGUAGAGGUCACAUAACCUCUCUGAUACAGUCAUGUAAUGUAGAGGUCACAUAACCUCUCUGAUACAGUCAUGUAAUGUAGAGGUCACACAACCUCUCUGAUACAGUCAUGUAAAGUAGAGGUCACAUAACCCCUCUAAUACAGUCAUGUAAUGUAGAGGUCACAUAACCUCUCUAAUACAGUCAUGUAAUGUAGAGGUCACACAACCUCUCUGAUACAGUCAUGUAUUGUAGAGGUCACAUGACCUCUGGUACAGAUCCAACACUGAAGCAUUGUAAAAGUCACAUGGUCUCUGGUACAGGUUCUACACUGUGGGGUAUUGUAGAGGUCAAAGGUCACAUGAUCAUGACCUGACCUCUAGUAUAGGUCCUACACCAUCGUGUAUUGUAGAGGUCACACAGCCUCUGGUACAGAUCCUACACUGGUGUGUAUUGAAGAGGUCACACAGCCUCUGAUACAGAUCCUACACAAUUGUGUACUGUAGAGGUCACAUGACCUCUGGUACAGAUCCUACACCAUCGUGUACUGUAGAGGUCACAUGACCUCUGGUACAGAUCCUACACAAUUGUGUACUGUAGAGGUCACAUGACCUCUGGUACAGAUCCUACACAAUUGUGUACUGUAGAGGUCACACGACCUCUGGUACAGAUCCUACACCAUCGUGUACUGUAGAGGUCACAUGACCUCUGGUACAGAUUCUACACAAUUGUGUACUGUAGAGGUCACAUGACCUCUGGUACAGAUCCUACACAAUUGUGUACUGUAGAGGUCACAUGACCUCUGGUACAGAUCCUACACCAUCGUGUACUGUAGAGGUCACAUGACCUCUGGUACAGAUCCUACACAAUUGUGUACUGUAGAGGUCACAUGACCUCUGGUACAGAUCCUACACAAUUGUGUACUGUAGAGGUCACAUGACCUCUGGUACAGAUCCUACACUUUAGUAAAGGAUUAGGAGAUUAUACAAACAUCUAUCCCCAUUAGUGACAUGCUGAUGUUAUGUUUAAAUAUAUAAAUACUGUGGAGAGUACCAUAACAUUUUUUGUUCACUUUGUUUGGUGAAUAGCUGUAUAAUGUACGCUUGAUGUAAAUUGUGAUCUGAAACUAAUAAAUACAUUAAAAUUUU